ACACAGACACACACAGCCCUCCUCACAGCAACACAGCCAGCAAGGACAGAUCUGGUUCAGACUGGAGUGGACUCUCAUCAGAAGCAUCUUUCAACUAGACCGAGUGCAUCCAAACACCUUUCCUGGCAAAGAUCUCCUUGACUGGACUCUGAAUUUCCCCUCAUGUCCUUGGAUCUCAAGCGAUCUCACAGCGGACCUUGGCACAGCGGACCUUGCUGGAGUCUCUAUCUCCACACUUCUCCUUUAUUUUGGGGUCAAGACUAGGUCAUAUGUGACUAAAGAGCUGGUCUUUCUGUGUUAGUUUAAACAGAUUUUGACUGGUCUGUGUCAUUCACGCUUUGGCCAUGAGUUGUUUUGGGUACCGUCGAGAGCUGAGUAAGUACGAAGAUGUUGAUGAGGACGAGCUUUUGGCUUCCCUCAGCCCCGAGGAGCUUGCUGAGUUGGAGAAGGAGUUGGCGGACAUUGACCCCGACGCCAACGUGCCCAUAGGACUCAGACAGAGAGACCAGACAGACAAAACCCCGACGGGCACCUUCAGCAGGGAGGCCCUCAUGAAGUACUGGGAAAACGAGACACGUAGACUGCUGGAGGACGAGAUAGGUGGAGGAAGCCCCAAACCGGACUUCAUCAAAACACAGGAUGAAGAACAAGAAGAGUGUGUGACAGAAGAAAACAGUGAAGCAGAGGAUGAAAAAGAUGAUGAAAAUGAGAAAGAACAGAAUAAGUAUGAGAGGAAAGAAGAUGAGGAAAAACAGGAUGAGGAGGAGGAAGAAGAAGAAGAAGAAGAAGAGGAAGAAGAGGAAGAAGAGGACAGUGAGGAAGAGGAGGAAGCUGUAACAGAGGAGGAGGAAGAUGAGGAGGAGGAGGAGGAGGAGGAGGAAGAAGAUAAUAGAUCAAAACCUGAAACCUCAAAUGAUUCUGGGACAUCUUGGCCUGACACCCCAAAGCUACUAAAACCUCAGAGGGUGGAGCCUAUUAGACUGACUCCUCCCCCUCCACCUGCUGACACCAACACGUGCGGAAACCCGACUGUUGUUGACGAAGCUCUCCAACGAGUCCUGAGCAACGACCCUGAACUCACAGAGGUCAAUCUCAACAAUAUUGAUGACAUCUCACAGGAAACCCUAAUCCGAUUUGCAGAAGCCUUGAGGUUCAACACACACGUGCGCGUCUUCAGCCUCGCAAACACCCGAGCUGACGACCCUGUGGCUCUGGCCAUCGCUAAGAUGCUGAGGGAGAACUCGUCCAUCACCAGUCUGAAUAUAGAGUCCAACUAUGUGACUGGGAAGGGGGUAAUGGCACUGGUUCAAGCACUUCCAGGAAACAACACCCUGACUGAGCUUCGGUUCCAUAACCAGAGACAUAUGUGUGGAGGACAGGUAGAGAUGGAGAUGGUGAAGAUUCUGAGGGAAAACUACACGCUGAUCAAGCUCGGUUACCAGUUCAACCUCCCUGGUCCCAGGAUGAGCAUGACGGGGAUCCUCACCAGGAACCAGGACCGCCAGAGACAGAAACGGCUGCAGGAGCAGAGGCAGCAGCAGCAGGGGCAACAAGGGGCAACAGAAGGAGCCGUUAACCCCCGAACCACUGCACUGAGAGGAACACCGAGUUCAUCACCCUACAGCUCACCCAGAGCCUCUCCUUGGUCCUCACCCAAACUCCCCCGGAGCGACCUGGCUAAAAAACAGACUCCUCCUGCUCCACCUCCUCCUCCCCCUCCACCACCUCCUCCUCCUCCCCCACCUCCUCCACCGCUGCCUCCUCUGCAGCAAGAGAAGAAGAAGCCCACCAGGAUGAUUGCAGAGGUCAUCAAGGCGCACGAGGCAGGCAGCAAGAAGGUGACAAAGACAAAGGGGAAGAAGGGCAAGAAGGGGAAGGAGAAGGAGUCGGGGAAAGAUGAGACGAGCAGCAUCCUGAAGGAGCUCAAGAAUGCACUCAGGCCCGUGUCGGUGGAUAGGAAAGGGGAGGAGGGCAGCCGGCCGUCCACGCCAAUGAGGUCAGCCCAUGACCAGCUGAUGGAGUCAAUUCGCAACAGCAGCAUCCGCAGCCUGAGACGGGUGGAAGUCCCACAUCAUCUACGAUAAUACAAGAAGAAACAAAAUAGGUCCAUUUGUUGCUGGAAAUCUGCAUAAUGAUGAUGGCAAUGACGGAGUGACCAACAGCGAUGAAGGCACAAGGUGAAAACACGCUGAGAUAACUGAGGAGGCAAAAACUGAAUUCUUACUAAUGAAAAAAAAUAUAUACUGGAAAUUUGCACUGCAGUAAUAGCUUUACAUUUGAAUUCUAUUUACGUUUUUUUUUAAGUAUUUAUGCAUUAAUUGUAUUUGUAUUUUAAUUUUGAGUUGACUGAACUGUUUACUGGUAAGUUGUCCAAUUCACUGUUUUC